AUGGUGUAUCCGUCGAAUCCACGGCUAAUGAAUCGGGUCUUGGAUGCCGUGGUGCAUUUGUGCGAUGGUAAAGGAUCCACAGCUCGAGAUGUCCUCGAUUAUCUUCGACAAACUUCCAAGAGUACGCCGAGGAACUUGACGAUGCAGGUUCAUCGAGCGUUGAAGCACGCGGUGAAUGCCGGUUUGUUGCGACACAGAAGUGGUCGUUACAAGGCAGUGUUCACGUUAAAUCCAGCUCCGAUUAAACAGUCCGUGAACGAGAAUAACGAGCAAAAAUCGAUCAUUGAAAUGAACAUGCAGCAGAGACCAUCAAGCGUCAAAAUGAUUAAAGAGGACAAUAACAACAGACGGAAGCGAAGAAAAUCACGUCAGGAAAGGAAACGAAAAAACAAUAAUCAAAGAAGACGAAAACAUCACAGUAGGUCGAAAAAGAUUGACGAGCUGAAGAAAAAUAUGAGCGAGAUACGAAAGCUCAAGUACAAAGAAAAUGGUGAAAGUGGCCGGUCACCGCGAAACAAAAUUUCGACUAGCAAAAUGAGAGAAAAUAUUGGAAACCCGUCAAGUUCGUCUGCUCGUAAAAAGAGCGAGCUGAGAUCAAGGGAUUCUAACAACUAUAGCGAUUUAUCAGACUCGAGCGAUUAUGAGGAUAGGAAGGUUAAAGUGCCAAGAAAAAAUGUGCCAGCAAUGUGCGACGAAUAUAAAUACGAAGGAAAUGUGAAACAAAAUAGAAGAUCGGUUUCGCGGAAUCGAAGCCCCCAAAGACAAAAAUCCCAGCAAUUGCACAAAUAUUUUAACGAUAUUAACAAGACAAAUAAGCCAAAUACUACUGAUACUGAGAAAAACGAGGAGGCUCAAGAAGAAGAAAAAAACGAACCUAAUAACAGCGGAAGUGGUAGCACAUUGUGAAAUUGUUGAAUCAUGUUUCACUAUGAUAUGACUAUCGAUCUCGUAAAUUACUUUUUUUUAUUUUUAAUAUAUUUUUUUACAUCGAUGUUGUGCAAAAUUCUUAAUGAUAUUUUAUUCUGUACCGUUUUAAAUCUUUGUAGCAGUAUGUAGUUUAAAUAACACGCAUUAUUCUCAGUAGGGAAAUGGGCAAAUCUGUUGGAUUUAUCAAAAAUUUGUAAUAUUUUUUAAUAAUUUAUAUGUUAUAUCAAUAUUAUGAUAAUAAAUUUAGAAAAAUUUGAAAAAUUUGGAAAACUUUGCAAAAAUAUAAUUCAAAUGAUGCUAAUCUUUGAAUGCUUUCAGCAAAAGAAUAAUUUUAUAAUGAAUAAUAAU